CGCCCGCCCGGGCUGCCCCGACCUGUCCUCCCGACCUGUCCGCUCUGUCCCGCGGCUCCUCAGCAGAGGCAAACCCGAGUCCCGGAUCUGACCCGGGACCGCAGCAGGAACCAGGCGGGACCGGGACGUGGACCGGGACGUGGACAGGGCCGUCGGAGGGGACACCGGACUGUCAUGAUCCCGGUGCGGAGAUGGCGUCUUUCCCCGGUUUGUGUAAGGCCGUCGGGCCCGUGGAGGAGGACGGAGACAGGGACCAGGGGGACCAGGGGGACGGAGACAGGGAGCAGAGGGACCAGGGGGACGGAGACAGGGAAGGGUCCCUGCAGCAGAUGCUGAAAGCGAUCAGCGACGAGAGGAACCGACUGAACAUCCGCCAGGAGAUCAGCGGACUGGGCUGUUUCAAGGACGACCGCAUUGUGUUCUGGACAUGGAUGUUCUCCACCUACUUCAUGGAGAAGCUGGCUCCUCGUCAGGACGACAUGUUGUUCUACGUCCGCAGGAAGCUCAACCACGUCAGCACAGACAACGGCGACGGCAAAAAGGUGGAGGUGGAGGUCUACAGGAGGGACUCCAAGAAGCUGCCCGGCCUCGGGGACCCCGACAUCGACUGGGAGGAGAGCGUCUACCUGAACCUCAUCCUGCAGAAGCUGGACUACGUGGUGACCUGCGCUGUCUGCACGCGCUCAGAUGCAGGAGACAUCCACAUCCACAAGAAGAAAUGUCAGGAAGUGUUUGCCUCCCCCAGCAAACACGCUAUGGACAGUAAAGGGGAGGAGUCAAAGAUGAGCUACCCGAACAUCUUCUUCAUGAUCGACAACUUUGAUGAGGUGUUCAGCGACAUGACGGUUGGCGAGGGCGAGAUGGUUUGUGUGGAGCUGGUGGCGAGCGACAAGAGCAACACGUUCCAGGGCGUCAUCUUCCAGGGCUCGAUCCGCUACGAGGCGCUGAAGAAGGUCUACGACAACCGGGUGAGCGUCGCUGCUAAGAUGGCCCAGCGGAUGUCUUUCGGCUUCUACAAGUUCAACAACAUGGAGUUUGUGAGGAUGAAGGGUCCGCAGGGCAAAGGUCACGCAGAGAUGGCCGUCAGCAGAGUCCCGACGGGCGACACCUCCCCCUGUGGCACGGAGGAGGAUCACGUGUCCCCCUUGCACGAGAGGGUGACUUCCUUCAGCACCCCCCCCACCCCGGAGAGGAACCGCCCCUCCUUCUUCUCGCCGUCUCUGAGACGAAAGGUUCCGAGAAACCGAAUCGCUGAGAUGAAGAAAUCUCACUCGGCCAAUGACAGCGAGGAAUUCUUCAGGGAGGAGGAAGACGAAGAACUUCACGCCACCUCGAACCUUCGCUCGCGCUCGCUCUCGGGCACCGGACGCUCGCUCGUCGGCUCGUGGCUCAAACUGAACCGGAGCGAGGACUACUUCCUGUUGUACUCGCACCUGACGUAUGUCACGCUGCCGCUGCACCGUAUCACCACCGACAUCCUGGAGGUGCGGCAGAAGCCGAUCCUGAUGACGUAGCGGCGGCCAGUCGAGACUCUAAAGUGCCUCCUGCAUCAGGCUCCAGAGACACAGCAGCGCCCUCCGGUGGCCAGAGGGAGACGCCACACACACCUGCUUCAGACGGAGGGACGACAACAAACAAAAAAAACAAACAAACAAACAAACCAGCCAUUCAGGAAGUGCCUCCUCCUCCUCUUCUUCUCAGUUCCUGCUGUAUGGAUUGAUCAUCUCCAUGGAAACAGGAUCACAUGACCUCAGCGUGAGCAGGCAUUGGCUGAACUCUGAUCAGGAAGAACGUUUGUUUCAUGUGUAAAUAUUCUGCUGCUUUUGUCACUGAGACGCCUCCACACACACACGUUACACACGUUACACACACACACACACACGUCACACACACACACACUUCUUUUGUGGUCACCGAGGCAACAAACAUGUGAUGAGGUCACUUCACUAAGGAGCCAAUCACAGCUCAGUUCCAGUCACUUUGUUACAUGUUCAUCACAACUUUAAUUUAUGUUGAUUCUGUUGUUCAAACUAAUUAAAUAUUAAUUCAACUUUCAUGUUUUUAAACUUUGUCCCACAAACUGUUUGACUUGAUUUAACCUGAAUAUUAAACUAAUAAGUAUACAAAUUU